CUCCCUUCAUAACUUGGCUAAACAUGAUCUCAAAGAUAAAAAUGGAUCAGGAAUUUUGACAAAAAUAGUAUUCUUCCAUUCGUAUAGUACAAAAAUCAGCAAUUAUUAUAAUACUUAAGAUCAAAGUACAUAUUUUCUUGGCUGAAUGAGUGGCCAGUUUUAAUUUGAAAGUGAUGUGUUAGAAGUUUGACUGUAAUAAUCUCAAAUGAUUUGAUCCGAUGUUGAUCUCUUUCUGCUGAGUGACAGCUUAAAGCCAAAAUUAUAGUGUCUCGCGGGGCGCACACAAAAGGUCUAUAAACGGUUUAAGUAUCCGUUUUUAUUUUUUCGGAAUUUAUUUUUGAGUUGGGUCAUUGUACUUGAGGUUUAUAAACACAAAACGAUGGAAAUGCUGGUAAGCGAACUUGAUUCGCUUUUGAUUUUAAAUUUGUUUUCGUUUUCUUUUUUUGCAUUGGCGCGACCAAAAAGACUGGCUUAUUAUACGCCAUGAAAUUAAAAAGCCAAAAAAAGCAAAAGCAUUGACAUUGAAAAUUAUGCGAACAACAAGCGCGGCGAGCCAAUAUAAUUCAGAGAAGAUGAUUUUUAUUAUGGUGUUUACAGAGAGUUACUUAACUUCGGUUAGAUAGAAUGGAAUGGUUCGAUAAUUGAUUACCAAUUGUUGUCACUUGUCGGUGCGAAUUAUUAAUGCGAAUUGCGAUUGAUCGCUUUGCCCAUUGUCGGAGUCCAUAAAUAACAUCAAAUAACAAUUGAUCUGCGGGCGCAAAAAACAAUUCGCAUAUGGAGUGACAGACAGCCAAGUUCAACCGUUGACAAGGGGGCAAGGCUCCGCCUCUGACUUUUGCCAUUAUAUUUUCGUCUCCUCUAAUAUCUUAAUAACAUGUCAGACUGUCUUCUGGACAUAUGUUUCCAUCGAAGUAACCAUUCAUUUCCCUUUCCAAUCCAAUUAACUAAUGUUUAAGGCUUUUAAAACAAGAGUCAUAAUUCUUCGUUUCUACAUCAUUCAAGUUGGGGGGUUCUGUGAAUUGAAGUCGAAUAGUUAUUUUUAGAAAGGUAUAAAAUGAUCUUUUUAUUUUGAUAUAGUUUAAUGGACUUAAGGGUAUCAAAACUAUUUUCUUGCCUGACCUACGCCCAUGAUACCAAGUUCUCACGCUCUUCUCUUCGCUCCAGUUCGAUGGCAUUGUGACCCAGCUCUACCCUCCCUUUUUAGACCCCCUCCCACCCACGCACAGUGGGCACAAAAUGAACAAUUGUGCAAACAUCAUAAAUAAUACUUACAAUAAGCGGUCGCAAGGUGUCAUCAUUAAUUAUUUUCCAGCUUUACAAGCCGAGUGAUGAACGAGUGAUGGGUAAAAUUGUUCCUUGGCCUGGCAUUAAAAAUACAAAAACAAAAACAACAACAAAAUAUAGUAACCAAAUAAUAACGUAAAGUAAACUCCAAGCAAACAGAAGAGAGAAGAAUCAAGUUGGUGUCAUAAAUUGUUUUUAUACUUCUUCUUUUUUUUUUUGUUGUUGUCUUAUUUUUUUUUUAUUUUGACUAAUUAACAGAGUUGGCCGGCCGGUGACCUUCACCUUUUGCCGAGUUGGCCAAAAGCAAAGGUGGAAGGCAAAGAAGAGAAGCCAAAGAAUUGGUAACAAACUGACGCCUCCACCUUCAACUGACCCACAAAAUAUAAAGACAAAAAAGACAGAGAAAAGAAACCGGCGCCGCUCUUCCUGACUGCUUAUUCAAUUUGAUUUCUUUUUUUUUUUUGGCCUGAAGAGCGAACGGCUCUUGGGGUAGGUCACUACCUAUUGGGGGGUCUCCUCCACCAACCCCCAACCACCAACCUAAUACCGUUCAUUCGCAAGCCGUCGCCUUUUAUUUUGCAAAUUGUUUUUUUUGCCUGUCUUCUUUUUACCUUUGCCCACGAUCAUUUGUUUUGCCUUGCCUUUUGUUUUGAUCGUUGGUUUUACAGUGGUAUAAAGAGGAAAUUGACAAAAAAAAUAUAUAUAAAAUAUUUUAUAUUUUUAUGAUAUUUAUAAAAUAUUCAUUAGUACUUGUUUAAAAUGUAUUUAACAUGAAGAUCUGAUAAUCUUUAAACAUCAAAACUUUUUAACUUUAUAUAAAGAACAUUUUCCUACCAAUUUUAUUAUACCAUCUGUAAAUCUAAUAAAACAUAAUGUCCAAAAUAUCAGAUAUCGUUCAACUGUAUCUGUAGCAUAACAAGAUAUGUACCAUUAAAAUGAUAAUUCGAGCAUAAAAACUAAGUGAUUAUCAUAACAAAAUGUGAAGUUUUGUUAUUCAUAUCAUGUAGAUGAUAUUGAUAUAGUUUCUGAUGAUAUCUGCUUAAUGAUUCAUAUGAUAUGGAAGUGAAGUUAUGGACACCGGACCACUGUGCACAGUUAUGGAUAUUUGAUUCUGUUUUGUGGCCCAGAGGUCAUAUACGAGCAGUCCAUAGAAAUGCAAAAAGCGAGCUGUUGCGGGCGAUCGGCAAACGGCUGCUAAUGAUGGCCCACAUAUCAUACAACACUAUAACCUCAUACCAUAACGCCUCAUUAUCGCGCUGUCAGUUCGUUCAAGCAGAUCUUCGCAUCGGAUCAGUCACGCCCCUUACUUACUUUAUGGAUAUUGAUAUAUAUGUUUAUGGUUAAUCUUCUUUCCGAUCCUAGUUGGCACCAUGAGGGAACCGCUGCCCGUGGCGGUGGUGUUGCUUCUUUGGCUCGGUUCGGUGGUCCCACCCACUUCUGGAUCAGCGGUGCUCAUCUCCGACAUGACCAUGAGCGUUAUGGUGGAGCUAUCCUCCCGUCAUCCUUUCUGCAAGAUGCAUACAGAUCGCGGCGAUAUCCAGCGUAUGUUACUGCAAUCGGAUCCGCGUCGCAUCCGCCAGGUUCCGCGGGAAUCGGUGAUGGAACUGGAGGAGGUAUGUCGCCGUCAGGGAUCAUAUGGCCAUGAAUUUCGCGGUGGAUUGGGCUUUAUAUAUCCAGGAACCAAAUGGUGUGGUCCAGGCACAGCGGCCACCAGUUACGAUGAUCUGGGUGCACAUUCUCGAGAAGAUCGCUGUUGUCGCGAACACGACAUGUGUCCCGAUGUACUGAAUGUUGGUGAAUGCCGGCGAGGAUUGUGCAAUCGUGGAACCUUUACCCGAAGCCAUUGUGAUUGUGAUGCACGAUUCCGGCGUUGUUUGCAGGCGGCAAAUACAGAAACGGCCAAUACUUUGGGUGCCAUUUUCUACAAUGUGGUGCAGGUGACGUGCUUCCAGGAACGGAGUCCUUGUUCGGCACACCAGAGGUUCGAGGACUUCUACUACCGCACCGAUCACUGUCCGGCGGAGUACCGGCAGGCCGAUCUCUAUGUGCCACCGCAUGGGGAUAAUUUAAUAGCCAAAAUCCUAUCCCAUCCGCAGGGUCGAUCUCUGGCCGCUCCUGAUUUUGGCCCUGCCAAAUCGACGGCUCGUCGAUGGGGUGUAAAAUUGGCCAGCGUUGGUUUGGCAGCGGUCAAUAUCCUGCGGGAGGUGGUGCAGCGACCUCGCCUCCUUUGGGAUAGCCUACAGUCGCCGGUCGCCAGGGAGCUACCACCGCCCAGAUAUCAGGAUCAGGGCUAUCACUAUGAGCGGCCGGGGCCUUCGUCUUAUGGAUAUGGUUAUAGUGGUCGAGGUUAUGGGGGCUUCGAUUCCCCUUGGAGAUAAAAGCAAGAGUUACGAAUGCCCCCUCGAAGACUGUCCCCCACGUUGUGGGUCGAUUUUGCGAAUAUCUUAAAAUACUUAACGGUUGGAGAAGUAAUCGAAAAAAGGGUUCUUUGAAGUUUUAGGGGAAAAAAAGGUUAACUAUAUAAAGUAUAAUUUGGGGUUUUGUAAUAUUAUAUAUAAUAAGAAAAUUUCCAUUCAACUUGAUUUGCCAAAGAAAAACGCCUUAGCUUAUAACAUGACCAGCAAAAAACGUGAUUUUCAAGUUAAUGGUAAAGUUAUCUUUGUUUAAUCCUGCUUUAUAUUCAGUUAAAGUCUCAUUCUUAUAGGUGUUUAUUAUGCAGGAAAAGUUUCAUUAUCAUAGACUUAACAUCAAUUCUUGGGAAGAGAAUAAGUCGUAUUGUUCUCGUACAAUACGCAUUUUAAUGAAUACCUUUAAAUGGGUUUUUCCCAAGACGACUACCUUUGUGCGUAAUUGGGUGAUAUAGUAAUAUACACGAAGAAAAGAGGGUUUUAUAUAGGCGGGAGUUAUGAGGAAUAUAUAGAACAACCUAUAUCUGAUAAGAUCUACAGAUAUAUUAAAUAUUAUCUUCCUCCCUUUCCGAAUAUUACCAUAAAAAUACUAAAAGAUUACUCUCCGAUCGUUAACUUUUUUUUUUGAUAGAUCAAAAAUCGACUCACCUUUAGUUCCCUUUUGUAGUAUUAGUAGUCAUAAGUUGCAGUUUAGGUUCCCAGUAUGGAGCCCUAGUCUUAGAGUCAUUUAGAUGCAUGUGUGAUUGCCAUUCAUGUUCUGCAUGUCCACUAGAUCAUCAGUUCACUAAUAGUUAUUCUGUACAAAUAAAUUCACUGAAGAAUCGCA